UAAUCGUAUUUUAUACGAUUUGGUGGCCUUCAAAGAGGAUAAAUUCCAUCUUCAAUGCUGGUAUUUUCAGUUUUACCUCCAAUAUCAAUGGGAGAAUGCACUGUCGUCGAUACAACUGCCCAGCCUGUGGACAAAAUUGUAAUGUUUAUUAUUUUAUUAUGCAUACUAAUGGCCCCCAUUAGAGCAGAUCCAGAGAAAAAGAUUUUAGGCGUUUACACUGAUGAAGCAAAUAAAGCGCUGUGCGGUACUGCCAACGCGAGGAGCUCUAAUUCAUUUUCGGCAACUGCUCGAAGUUUGAUAACCGAUCUUUGCGCUGCAACUCCGCGAACAAAUGAGUAUUUUGCUGCAGUGACGAGACAAGGGCCGUCUAAUACGACUAUCUAUGGACUUGCGUUCUGCCUGCGUUCCCUUCAAACGGAUUCCUGCCAAAAGUGCCUCACUAUUGCUCAGGAAAACAUAAUCAAGUGUUUUCCUCGCUCCGAGGGACGGGCUGUUGACGCCGGCUGCUACAUGCGAUACAGUUCCAAACCCUUUUUUCAAAGCAACGCAACUGUCGACUUGGCACAUUUCUUAUCCACAGGGAAGAAGAAGUCGAGAUCUCAAAAGUGGAUAAUAAUUGGUGUUGUGGGAGGGUUAUUCCUACUUGGCCUUUCAAUUUGUCUCCUUGUCUUCCGGAAGCAGAUAAUGCGACCAUGGCAGAAACAAGUGGAUAUUGAAGGAGCAACGGAACUGCGUGGACCAGAGGAUUUUGACUUCAAGAUACUGAAAAAGGCAACAAACAAUUUUGAUCCAGCAAAUAAGCUUGGACAAGGAGGGUUUGGUGAAGUUUUUAAGGGUACGUUGAAAACUGGCAAACUUGUGGCGGUAAAGAAGCUUACAUUAGGUCGCUCUGUUCAGGCAAUUUCUGAAUUUGAAAGCGAAGUGAAACUCAUUUCUAAUGUUCAUCACAGAAAUCUUGUGCGUUUACUUGGAUGUUGUAGACAAGGCCAAGAAAGACUCCUGAUUUAUGAGUACAUGCCCAACAGCAGCCUCGAUAGAAUAUUAUUUGGAAAAAAUGAAAAACCUUUGAGUUGGAAGGAAAAGUUCAAUAUUAUCCUGGGUACUGCUCGUGGUCUGGCCUAUCUCCAUGAGGAAUUCCAUGUCUGUAUCAUCCAUCGUGAUAUUACAUCAAGCAACAUAUUACUUGACGACAACUUUCAAGCAAAAAUAGCAGAUUUUGGGCUAGCAAGACUUCUUCCAAGUGAUAAAACUCAUGUUAGCACAAGAUUUGCAGGAACCCUAGGAUACAUGGCUCCUGAAUACGCUAGCCAAGGAAAAUUAACAGAGAGAGCUGACACCUACAGCUUUGGUGUGGUGGUUCUUGAAAUUGUCAGUGGCAGAAAAAGCAUUGACUUGAAGCAACCACCUCAUAUGCAAUAUCUGCUUCAAUGGAUUUGGAGCCUAUACGAAGAUGAUAAGGUUUUAGAGGUGGUGGAAAAUGAAAAGGAGAUGGAAGGGUAUAACGAAGAAGAGAUGCUGAGGGUGAUAAACCUUGCGCUUCUAUGCAUACAAGCUUCUGCCAGACAUAGGCCAUCAAUGUCUGAGAUUGUGACACAGUUAAGUAAAGACGAGAUUGAUAUUCAAAAACCCCUACAACCAUCAUACGUAGCCAUGGAGUACAAAGCACGCCGAGAAAGUUCCACAUCUUCAUCUCAAUCAAAUGCAACGAUUACAAAAUCCCUUAGUGCUCGUUAAUAGUGGCUAUUUCACUUGAUGAUUUACAUAUGGACAGUAGCAAGAAAGGAUGGAUUCUUAAUUUCCAACUGAUUAUAUAGUUCCUUAUUAAAAAGGAUUCAAAAUAUUACAAUAUAUAUUUUCCCAGCACGAAAUUUAUAAAAAGAGAUGUGCAUCUCACUUAAAUUUGUGAAUUUAGAUGUUGUAUGUAUUAUUGAGGAGUGACCUUAUUUAAUGUAUUUCAUAUUUGAUGGAUAGAAUUUGUUAUC